UUCUCUUUGCCGUUUUCCCCACAGACUGACUGGUUCUGAUUUAUUGCGCUGUUCCCUUCUACGUAAAGACAUGGAGCACCUUUUUCUGAUGAGACUGUGGUGAGACCGGUGCAGCCCUGUCACGCCCACAGCGACCCCUUUCGGCCCGGACGGCCCACCACGCCCCGGCGCCUAUGAAAGGGUACCAUGUCAGCCGUAGCAUGUCUCAGCAUUCCUCUGGUGGUGGCGGAGGAGGGCCCUGCCACUGUACGCCAGACGACUGUGACGGCCCAGGCAGAGAGUACUACCAUGGACGUAGCGACGGGCACUACUACUCGGGUGGUCCAACCGAUGCUCUGGCACUGGAGAGGCAUCACUCCCACUCUCAUUCACACGCACACUCGCACUCCCAUAGCCACUCUGGCACCUUUCCCCGCUCCCACCCCAGCCAGCACCCGGCUCUCCAGUCGUUCGACUCCUGCGAGGAAUGCCUGUCUUCGGGCCAUGGGGGAAAGAUGCAUCGGAUUCCUCCAAACCUAAUGGACCAGUUUGAGAAACAGGUUCCCUUCCACCCAGACGGCUUCCACACCCUACAGUACCAACGCACGGCGAGUGGCGGGGCCGAGCACCGCAGCGAGAGCCCCUCUCGUAUUCGCCACUUGGUCAACUCUGUCCAGCGCCUCUUCGCCAAGUCUCAUUCCCUUGAAGCACCCACCAAAAGGGAGUACAAUGGCAUGAGGGGCAGCGGGGAGUACCGGGGUGACAGAGGAGGGGGCCACAGAAGCGGCGGGGAGGAGGUUCACUACUCAGGCCACCAGUCUCGCUCGACCAGGAGGAGCAAGUCGCGAGAGCGCAGCAAAAGCGGUGACUCUCGGCACGAGUCAGGGCGACGUCACCGCAGCCGGACGGCCGGCUGGUGGAGCUCCGACGACAACCUGGACAGCGACAGCAGUUUCUUGGUCAGCGGGGGCAGACGGGGUUAUCCCACUGGACACGAGAGUCUGGAUGCCGCCAUUCAAGAGCUCACCAUGAAGAAGCCAAAGGAGCGAAGCGGAGGACCCGGAUCCGCCGAGUGCAUGGCCUGCACCACCAUGGCUCUGACCGGCGGCGAGGGCGGCGGGCACCAUGGCCACCACGGUCACUCCCUGAAGCGGAGCACCUGGUCGGCCAUGACAGUGAGUCAGGCCAGGGAGGUUUAUCCUUCCACCAGGGGAGGAGGUUACGAUAAAGCACUGGUGCCCUUGGAGAACAAGCUGAAGGAGAGAUCAUUCCACUACCUGCAGGUCCCCUCAGAGGACUGGGGGGGCGGCGGCUACGGCGGCUCGGCCGACAGCGGCGGUGAGAUCCCGUGCCGUCGGAUGCGCAGCGGCAGCUACAUCAAGGCCAUGGGCGACGACGACAGUGCAGACUCGGAGACGAGCCCUAAAGCCUCGCCCAAAUCCACCUUGAUCGCCCAGAGGGACGCCUUCAGACGCUCCAUAAGCAUGGAUCAAAGGUACUCCUGUAAGCAGUGCACAGAUUCCUACCCAAACAGCAGAACGGCGCCUAAAACCCACACUCGCUCUCGCAGCUACACUCGCUCUCUGACCAGCUCACAGCUGGGAGACACGUUGAACCAUCAGUUCGAGACGGUGUGCGAAACCAUGUUCGGCGAGGUGGAGUCGCAGGCCGUCGAGGCCCUGGAUCUCCCCGGCGUGUUCCGGACCCGCAGCCACAGCUACGUGCGCGCCAUCCAGGCGGGCUGCUCCCAGGAUGACGACUGCCUCUCCGUCUUCUCCAUGUCUGGCCCCCAGGGGAGCAUCAAGGGCGGGGCCGUCUGUCCCUUCUUCUUUCCUUAUCGUAAAGGUGCUCCCCCACCGCUCCCACCUCGCAUGUCCAAGUCUUCUCUCUCGGUGCGCGCCCAGAGCAGCACUGAGUCCACCCAGGACGCCUACUUCCAGAGCGGCGGACAAAUGGCUCCGGGCACCGGGCGCCCCAAGCAGCACAGCAACUCCAUAGACCUCGGUGGCUCCGAGGGGCCGUCGGGUCGCGCCUCCAGGGGGGGCUACUACACGUCCGGUGGGCCCGGGCGCUCCCGUCAGCACAGCAACUCGGCGGAGAGCCUGGACGGGGUCAGGGGUUCCAGGGAGCUCGUGCCCUACGGAGGGGGGCCCGGUGUGGGAGUCAGGGCAAAGCACAGCUGCUCAGCCGACAGCCUGCUGGAGGGGCCGCCACGGCCGGCGAGGGACCGGGACGGCCGGGUCGGCGGCGGCAGCCUGGGGAAGUCGUCCUCACUUCCUCAGAACAACAUGAUAGUGAGUAAGAUGGGCGGGCAGGACGACGGGCGCGCGGCCAGGAAGUGGAGGCCGUCCAUCGCCGUGCAGGUGGACAGCUCGGAGACUCUGUCCGAUUCCGACACGGAGGGAAAAGCUCUCACCGAGGUUCACUCCAUAGGAGUCCAAGUGGAAGACGAGAAAAGGCGGGCUCGAUUCAAACGCUCCAACAGUGUGACGGCGAGCGUGCAGGCCGACCUGGACCCCGAGGGCUUCCCGGGGCUUAGCGUUGCUGUGCCAACACAGGACAAGAGUCUGCAGUUUGGCUGCUCCUUCCAGAGGCACUCGUCAGAGCCAGAGUCCGCGUCGCAGUACGCAGAGUGCCACCGCACCGUCCACACGCAGGGCCAGUGGGCUUACAGAGAGGACCUCAUUCAGGGCAACUACACCACCGAAGCUUGCCAAGUGGACACAAGGCCCCACCAGCACCCACACCUGCCGCCGCGCUCCCACUCCCCCCUGCCCAUUACCGCGGAGCGCGCCUGGACGGCCACACCGUCCCUGGAAGGCCCGCGCAGCCUCCCCGACUCGGGCCGGGCCUCGCCCUGCAUGAGGGACGGAGAGUUCUUCCUGCGCCUGCUGCAGACGGAGGUGGAGAGGAUGGAGGGCUGGUGUCAGAACAUGGAGAGGGAGGCGGAGGAGAAUGAGCUUCCAGAGGACGCUCUUGAGCUAAUUCGAAGCGCAGUUGGCAGUGCACAGAUGCUCAUGUCUCAAAAGGUCCAGCAGUUCUUCCGCCUCUGUCAGCAAAGUAUUGACCCAUCCGCCUACCCCCAGCCCACGUCGCAGGACCUGGCGUCCUUCUGGGACCUGCUCCAGCUCAACAUAGAGGACGUAAGGGUUAGGUUUCAGGACCUCCAGAAGCUCAAGGACUCUGGGUGGAGGCUCCCACCUGACAAGAAGGAGGAUAAGAAACUUCCUCCGCCCCUACCAAAGAAGCCGGCGGGCGGGGUGAGCGGCAGCCUCCGGGCCGAUAGCGUGGGAGACGGGGUCUCCGGGAGCGCUGGAGGCGGCCCGGGGGGGCUGGUGGUGCCCCGCGUUGGAGGGCACACCCUCCCCAUCAGGGAGAAGUCCCUGGACCUUGGAGACCGUCAGAGGACAGAGGCACGAAGGAGGCUGCUGCAGACCAAGCGUACCGCCUCCUUCAGGCAGAACUCGGCCACCGAGAGCGCCGACAGUAUCGAGAUCUACAUCCCCGAAGCCCAGACUCGACUCUGAACCCGUGACAGCACUCGCUUCCCCCCCCUCACCCGAUCUUCUGCGAGUCAUUGCUGUUUAUACGCUAUGACCCAUCGCCAAUUUUAGCACUUUCCAUCAACUUCUGUCAUCCUACAUUAUUACCUAACAAGCAAUGACAGCCAUUUUAGUGUCUUGAAAUUCAAACCACUUUACCGAGGCAGAGGCCUAGAGCCUGAGCGGUAUCUAGCCGAAGACGUUUUUACUUCCUUCUUAGACAGAAUUUCUUUUUAAAUAUAUAUAUACAUACAUAUAUAAAUAUAUAUAAUCACUGGCUGAAACCAAGUCAGAAAUCUUUUGUAAAACUAGGCAGCAGAGGUUCACGCAGUAGCAUGCCUGUGCGUGUUCACUUGGCACAAAAAAGGGCUUAACAGGCAGUAGACCUCUGAGGAAAUUCUCCCCACACCUCCCACCCCUGAUGCCGUUCGGAGCGAAACCGACUUACGGGCCACUUACGGGCUUUCGCCGAUAACAGCUCAGCCGAGUCGAGAUCUAUUGAUUUCUUGAGCAUCCUCAGUUGGCUCCAAGAGCAUCCCUGAGGAAAUAUCAAACACAGAAUCCUUAGUCCCUCUUCCCGUCUGUCCACACAAGCACCAAGUCACAGAAUAUGGACCAAUUUCACGUCUCACUCUGUUGAUGCUUUCGAACCACCUGUCCAUCAGCAUCGGACGGCGAGGCUCUCCUAUAGUUGUGUUUGCCAAAAGGAGCUUCUUCAGUGUAGCAUCACAGACAAAAAGAAAAAAAUCAAACUCCUUGUGCAGUCUCUGAAGUCUCAAGAAGAGGAGGGUUUGGGAGAGUUUUUACAUGGAAUUAUUUCAGUGGCUUUUCUGGACUUACUUGAAGAUGCUCCCCCUUCUUUUUUUUUUACACUGUGAGAGUAGAGCACCACCAAGUGGUCAAAAGAGAAUCCUGCUUCAACAGCAGUGGUCUUUACAGUUUCAAUAUAUCUUAUUCAGGAACAAGUAAACACCCCUUAAUGAAACAGCCAUUGAAGUGGUCGGGACUGCUAUCUUCCCCUCUGAAACCCUUUCUUUCUUUUGAAUAUUGCUUGGACAGACUUUACUAUCGUGUUUAUUUGUAACUAAAUAUGGGUUUUUAAGUAAAAGAAGAGCAGCAGCUUGAAUUUUCUGCAGGAUUUUAUCACCCAACGUUAUUUUGUUUCCCUGACGGCGUUGACGAAAUGAGGAAUGAUUUCGUUUUGCUGGCAGAUAAAAUGAGGCCUAACUGACCUUAAAAUAUCCUUCCAAAGAAUCACCAAGUCGAAUCAGAUUGGGAUUAUCUCCAAAAAAAAAAAGUGGUAUUUUAUAGCUAUGCUGGGAAUGUGAAAUAUGUGAUAUGCGUGGAGCUACGGUGCCUUGCAAACAUUCAUAUCUGGUGAACUUCUUCACCUUCUUUUCAAGUUACAACCAUAAACUUCAGUGAUGGACAUCAAACCAGCAUCCCUCAGCAUCCUGCUCGAGUGACGUGUUUUCCAUCACAGGGUGUUUUGUUUGUAGGGACUAUUUUCAGUGUUGUUAUCAUCUGGUCUGAAGUGAACAGCAAGCAGGACUUCUUGUUUUUAUUUCAGACGCUUCUAUAAAAGUUGAAUCUUCUAUUUUUGGUGUCAAUUUCUUCCACUUUCUCAGUUGCUGUUCUGCAUCCUCUAAAGCUGCCAUGAGCCUCUUGGCUGCGUCUCGGAUUAAUGUUUUGCUUUUUUUUCAUUUAUUAUGUGAAAACUUAAUAAAUGUGAAAACUGUUGCAUAAAAACCCCAAAGUACAGAAAUUCACUGAGGUUUGUGGUUGUAACAUGACAAAAUGUGGAAAAGUUAGAGAAGCAUGAAUGGUUUUGCAAGGCUUUGUAUGUUGUUUUUUAUUUUUUUUUAUUAAUUUACCUCCUGAAACAGGUCUAAAUUAUUUCACAAAGUUAACUUUUUUUGAAGGAUUCUUAUCAAAAAUGCGUUGGUGUUUUCUACGACUGUUGGCUCAUAACGUGAACGCACUUGAGUAACUUAAUAUGAAAGUCUGUGUGAAUCCCAGUUAACACUAAAGAGUCAAAAUGUAUGGAGUAGAGAGAUGACAAAAUGUCAGAAUUUGUAAGCAUGAAGUGUUCUUUCUUUCCUUUAAUUUUGGUUGGGAUACGUUGGAAAUAUGGGAUAUUUUAUUGGAAAAUGUAUAUUUUAUAAUAUAAACUACAUUUCUAGAUUAGUAGAGAUUAUCGAGAACAGUACAUGUACAAAGAUCAUAUAUCAAAUGUGAAACACUGCAGUAUUGUUACGAUAGAUCAUAGCUGUGUGGCAUAUCCAGACUGAGUCCAUGUGAAGAAGACUUUCAAACGGCUCUUAUUAUCUUGAAAUUGUGAGUCAGGUUCACAGGGUAUCUCUGGCAAGAAAGGUGGUUGCCAAGGACGAUCCUUCCUUAGGCCUAUUUAAAUAUCUGUGUGUGGUUCUCACAACUUGUACUGCUGUUCCCCUUUCCUCCCUGUAUCUCCUGUUUAGAACCAACUACAUGUGCCUAACCAGCUAUGUGUGGAGGUUUCCUUUGAACACAGUUUACACUUUGAAUAUAUACAUAAAUAUAUAGAGAGAGAGAUAAAGAGAGAGAGAGAGGGAGAUGUAUAUAGAAAUGUAUGAAAUUUGAAGAGUAUUGUUGGAAAAAAAAUUUUUUGACUUCCUGAAUCUCCCUCAUGUUGCAAUACACACCUGUGAGACUGGCACACUUUGUCGAUAUGGAACACUGCAUGCUUUCUGACGGCCUCCUCUGAACAAUUUAGCAGAGUCUCAUUUUGGAGAAGAAACACGUAUUUUGUAGCCUUUAAAUCUUUUUCUUCUGUGUGAUUGGGGGAGGGGUGAAAAAAGUAAUUGCUAGGGUUUUACAACGCAGUUAUUCCGACGAAUCACACGUUUGUACAAUUCUGACCUUUUAGAGACAAUGAUACAGACAUCCUUGGAAAUGCCAACCAGUGUUUUGCUUUUUGGACUUCAGCAGGUGAAUCUUAACAACCUCCUUGUACAAACGAGGUGCCCCGGCAUUGAAAACAACGAGGGCCGUCGUGUGGAAUGCGUCCGCAGCAACGCGAGUUGCGGAGCCGCCUUCUCUCUAUUUUUUUUUUUGCGUCCCUCUCUGCGUCCGAUACCGCUAAAACCUGAUGACAUCCGUGCGGUGCCCGCCGCAGGCCCUCGUCAAACGAAGCACAAAGAACUGCUCUACUACUGUUACGCCACUGUGACGGACUCUUGACCCCACCCUCACUAUCCUCAGUCCUACAUGCGAGGGGGGUGGCAAAGUCUCUGGAUCACACAAGUUGCCCUUGAGGGACACCAGGAUUUAAAGAGGCUUUUGUUGGAUUUUUAUCCACAGUAGCAACCACGACUACUUUCAUUCGUGCCGACUUUCUUCUCUCUGAGUUCUACAAGUUGAGGUGUCAACCAGCCGCACCUUGCCUUGAAAUAGGUCCAUAGCAAACACAGUUUUUGUGGUUGUGAUUUCCGUUUUAUUUAUUUGUUUAUUUAUUUAUUUAUUUAUUUUUUGUUCUAUAUAAUCUAUCUAUCACAUCAGCAUCGUACAAAUCACAGUUCCUGGUUGUGUUGUAACAUUAUCUCAGCACUGACAAAACACAGCAAUCAAGCUAUCUUAAGCCUUUCUUCCCACAUGGCCAGACAAAAUCUGAGUACCUCAGUUUUUAGCAAGUGUCCCUCUGUCCUCAGGGGAUUUCCUAAACCCACCCUAAGACCCUAAUAAUACGAGGCUACGUUAAUCCUCGCAGGAGUGUUUUGCUGAUAUUCUCAGAUCGAGACGGGGAGAAGGAAGAAAAAAUCUCUCGCUGCUCGAGCCCAGAUUCACUGUUAGCCAUUUAUUUCCCCAAGACUAGGAAACAGCGUGAGUCAGUGUGGUGGCAGAGGCAGCAGCUUAAUUGUAGCCGAUUUGUGUGUGUGCUGCAUACUGUGCUUCUGGAACAAAGCCAAGCUGGAGGCCUGUGGUAGCAGCAGAUUUGAGUUUUAGUUGACAUUACUGUAAGGCAGAGCUGCUCUGGAGUUUGAAGCUAGCUUAUGUCUGUGGUGGGGGGGCUAGCUAGCCCUGGGCGCUAGCUAACCAUGUUCAUGAACUUCACUGUCAAAAAGAAACCAAACUGAUGUGUUGUGGAGAUAGUUUUAUAAACCAAUAGCCUGCUUAGUCUUCAGUCACUGCUUUUAAUCAACUGUCAGCAACAGGGAAUGUUGUGAUAGAAGUUGGUAAAGCUAGUGGCAGCAUUGCUUUCAGUGAAACACAUAGUACUUCAAAAGUCCCGUUUUUACUCCAAAGUGGAAAUAUUCAAAAUUAUUUAUAUUAAAGACAAAUCAUCUGGAACACCCAGUCAGAUUUGUUAGCUGGAAAGCAGUGAAACUCCUCACCCAGAUAAAUUUAAUAUUCAAUAUGGCUGCCAAGUGUUAAAAAAUAUGUAAUAGUAACGGGCUGUUUCUUUGCUACGAUGAUUAACAAAUCUGUCGUAUGGACUUCCCUUAGCGAGAAUGUUUCUGAAACCUUUAUAAAGCAUAAUUUAUUUGCUAUAAAAUUAGCUUGGGGAAAAAAAAUCAAAAAGCUAGAAGGCUUACAGAAGGUAAAGUUUGAUGUAGAAAAUGUGUGGCUAAAAAUAUUGGUUGAUAUUAGAUACAUCCAAGGCCUGUAUAGAUUCUACUUUUAAUCAGAGCUAUCCUGAAUCAAACCUAUAACCAACAAUUAACUUGUGACAGUUACGUAACCAGCUAAUGAUUGUAUAUGGGCAGCUUUUGUAGCCCAUUUACUGUCUAAGCGGGACAUUAUGUAACUGUAGUUUGUGCAGUAGUUACACUGCAAACUUGAAAAGCUUUCUGACUUGCAACUGUAACGUGGUCAACUCUAUUGUGAGGUCCUAAUCAGAUCUACUUUUUACAAAACUUGAAAGCACUUUGCUACGACUAGUGACUAAUGCUAACAAUUGUAUCCUGGAGGGAUAACUUAAUAAACAACCAGCAGAAAAUAUGACUGAUAAUUAACCAAGAAUCAAUUCAAGUGACAAAUUUCCAUAUCUUCUACAAUUUCAGAUUUCUCUCAUUCAUUGAUUUUUGCUGGCGCCCAUGUGUACAGUCAUGGCUGGAAACUUGUUUAAUAUUCAAAUUACAUGUGAGGAUCCUGAAGGUGCUUAUCUACAUAAGAAAAUUAUUCAUAAUUGCACAUAAGUAUCAUCUUCAGUGACUCCCGCGUGUGCAAGCAGAACUUUGUAUUUGGCAUGUUAUUGGCAGACCACACCAUAGGCAGGGAGUUAAUUACAGACCGUAAACGCCUUCAGUUGCUAUUGCUGAAAAUCACUGAGCAUAAUUAGAAUCACUCUGAUUUAAUAAGAAACUUAAUGCUUUAAUUCAUACUGUGGCCAAACUACUGGUUGGUUUCUUGCCUAUGGUUUACUCCGCCCGCCCCCCUUCUCUGUUGCUCCAGAACAGGUCGGACUCGAGCAGAUGAUCAACUGAAACUCCAAUGUGCCUUUAGCACUGAGGUGUAAUUCUGUUUGUAUGUGUACAUGUGUGCAUAUGUAUUAACGCUGUAAUGUGGAUUUACAGGACACACACAGCUAACCAUGAGGGUAAGAGACAACUGAGCGAUUACUGUGUAAUUAUCAACAAAAUAUAUAUAUCUAUACCCUAACUUCGCCAUGUUUACAAAGUGUAAAUACCUGUUAUCAAUGGACAUUGCUUAUCUUAAAAUUACAUUUAUUGUUAUUAGAAUAUAAUUAAUAUGAUUACUGUCAUUAAAAGUUUUAAUUAGUGCCAUUACGAUCAUUAUUAAAUACAGUGUUGUUGAAUAUAGCUAUGAGUAAAAAUUGUUCUGUAGGCUGAUCAAGGGCAAGUCACGUGUAUAGCAACAAAAAUAUAUAAAUAUAUAGUUUAUUCUAUGUUCGGUUCAAUAAAUCGCUGCUAUUAAAGGGGAUGGAGCAGAAGAAGAGAAAGUUGAUUAACUCUGGGAAGACACUACCCCCCCUCCCCCCCUUCUGGGCUCAGUGAUGCACACUCCACCAGAGAGGUGAGGAAUCGCUGAAGGAAGUGAGCUGUGGGAGUGGACCGUCCUAACAAUAGAACCUCUUUCUCUGUGUGCUUUUACUCCACUUCGAACUCUCAGUGCCAGCAAGAGGAGGAAAUCAAACGGGGGGCCUCGAACCGAUGGAGACACUUCACACUCGUUAUUCAACUCUAUAAUGUAGCAACGGCAACAACAGCCCUUCGUUCUCGACUCCCUCCACGUCUUUCUUGUGUUAUCGGUGACCACUAUGAUUUAGAGCAAGUUUCAGCAUGGAUUCACUCGUUUUAUAUAUAUCAUCAACUCUGGGCCAAGACAGCAUAUUGUACAUACAAACGUUCAUUUUUGUUUGUUCUUCUAUGAGAACAGCUGACUCCAGCAGAGCAAUAGAGUCACAACAGAGUGUAAAUGUUUGUUACGCCACCAAGUGGUCGUCCACACGUGGUGCACGAGAACACACCAGGAAGUGGUGUCUGAAUUCAGUCUGAAGGCCGGUGAAGGCAGUGUAAACCAUGCUCCUGUUUUGUUUUUUUUUUUUUUUUUUUUUUAUCUUUCCUCCCACCGUUUUGUACAUACAAGUUUAUUUCUUGCUCUCAUGUUUUUAUGGAUCUAAAUGUGUCCAAACCGAAGCACGUUUGAUGGCGCUGAACCCGGAGAGAUGGCACACUGUGACGUGGUUUACUCCCAACACAGAAUGUAACACUUUCAACGUUGUCUGAACAUUUUCUAAUGGCUAAUAUUAUUACUAUCAAUAUUAUUAUGAUUAUUAUAAAGCUAUUUUAGCGAGUUAAAC